AUGGGAAAAAAGAAGAAGGCUGGCGUAUCAGAGGCUGGCCAGACCGAGGCAGAUGCUGACGCCCAGGCACUGGAUUCCAAGCAGAUGCGACUCCAUCAUGACCAAGGCCACGGCCGUGAUGCUGGUGACCAAGGACGAAUGGCGCAAACGGCCCCUCACGGACCCUCACGGGCUGACACCAGUGUUGGUGAAGGCAAUAUUGGCGGCUACUGCCUAAGUCCAGCGCCCAGCCUGCCUAUCGACUCCAUCAAUGACCUCCCCCCCGUCCCCCAUCCCGCCGCUAAGCCCGCUGGACUCCGGCUGAUCGCCUCUCCAGCUGCCUCCCUCAGGCCCACUACCAGCGCCAUGCGGUCAAUGCAGGCAGGCGGUGGCAAAGGAUGGGCAGGACUCCAGAUGUUGAUCUGA